AGUGAAAUUCAUUGCUCGCAAAAAAGAAAUUUCGUGAUCUCGCCAGACACUUGCCUCGUUUGUGUUUGUUUUGUUUCUAGCCUAACCAGCCCGAUACUCCAUCGCCAAAGUGCACAGAGCACUGCUUUUCUCGCUUCCCUUCUAGUGCAACAAAUUCGCAACCUUCUCGUAGCAUGUCGCACCAAACUGGCAUCAAAGCAAACGCCGAGCUUUUGAAAUUUUUUGGCAAAAGCAAAGACGGGAAGACUAGAGUGUUGAAAGUGUCUAUCGAGAAUGAGGAACUACGCCUGGUAAGCCACAGUGACGUCAAACGCGACUGGGAAAAGGAUUACGAUUCGUUGGUAAGACCACUGAUAGAAGAAAGCACACCGUGUUACAUCCUCUAUAGAUUGGACUACAAAAUUCCCACCGGGUACGCAUGGCUGCUGAUGAGCUGGGUUCCGGAAUCGGCAACAGUGAGACAGAAAAUGCUUUACGCUUCGACUAAAGCUACGCUGAAGCUCGAAUUCGGUUCAGGUCACAUAAAAGAAGAGCUUAAUGCAACCUCCAAGGAGGAAACGACGUUGCAGGGUUAUCAUAAGCAUAAGGUCGACUUUGACACACCGGCCCCGCUGACCAGUCGCGAGGAAGAGCUAGCCGAACUGCGCAAAACAGAGGUAAAGACAGAUUUCGGUAUAGACACCAAACAACAGACGCUCGGUGGCAUCAACUGCCCAAUUUCGGAUGCGGUCGCUCAAGCACUGCAUGAUAUGCGCCGUGGCGGCUACAACUAUCUGCAGUUUCGUAUCGAUCUCGAGGAGGAAAAGAUACAUUUGGUCAAAGCGGAUAACAUUGAACUGACCACGCUCCCAAUGCAAAUACCGACUGAUCAUGCACGCUAUCAUCUAUACAUAUUCAAGCACCAUCACGAAGAAAACUAUCUGGAAAGUGUUGUAUUUGUGUACUCGAUGCCCGGCUACACCUGCUCCAUUCGGGAGCGCAUGAUGUAUUCAAGCUGCAAGGGUCCAUUUUCUGCGACCAUCGAAAAACAUGGCAUACAGGUGGCGAAGAAGCUUGAGAUUGACAACGGUGCGGAACUGACGGAAGAGUUCCUCCAUGAGGAGCUACAUCCACGCAAGCUUAAUCUUCGGCCGCAGUUUUCGAAGCCGAAAGGUCCACCAAGCCGCGGAGCUAAAAGACUGACGAAACCGCAGGCCGUCGAGUAAAAUCGAGACUAACCGAGUUAGGAUAGGGUCACAGUUAAUGCGCUACACCACGUUGCUAGCUAGAUCACCUGCCGACGCACCCACCUUUCAUAGCAUUUUUUUUUUUGGCAUCGCAUUGUGGCAUUACACUAUUAUGUAUUUUUGUCUGUUUGUGUAGAACAUAACUUAUUGAACCCAUUUUACGUAGACCCACAGUGCAAUAACCAACGAUCACGUAACAUUGACGGCUAUAUACCCACAUUAGGCGGAACAAACCCAUUGUCAAGUAGCAAAACAAUACAAUACUUGCAAACAAUGUAGUUAAAACCCGUGUACAGCAUCAAAAGUAUUAUACAGUUCACCCGCAAUAGGGAAUCGAAAUAGCAUCUUUGGGAAGGGAAUUACUCGAAAACGAAACAUCUCUGAAAAUUGAAAAGAAAUUAUUUCAAAUGGACGAUAUUUUUCGCCCAGCAACGCUAAGGAUCACCAAUAAUCACGACAAAUACGGGCAUGUGUCGUUAAAUGUUCGACCAACGAUAACAGGACUCGUUUAAUUUGCCUGUUUUAGUUCGAGCUCCAUGAGCUGCUUUACAGUUAACGCAUGUGCGCAAAAGUAUUGAAAAAAUGUAUGUAGAAUGGCUACAUUUUGACUUGUAAGAUGUGCUUUACCUUACCUAACUAUAUUAUCGUUUCCUUACGCCAGCUCAAACUAUUCAAUCGAAAACCUUUCAA